UUGGAAUUCAGGUCUUUCUUAGUCCAGCACAGUCAGACCUGUGCUUUAAAAGGAUUCGUAUAGCCUUCUCAUUUGGUGCCGCCAACAUGGUAUUCAAGUGCUAUAUGGAAAUUGGCUGGGUGGCCUACAUUUCCUUUGGGCCACAUGCUGGCAAGCUGGUAGCUAUUGUGGAUGUUAUUGAUCAGAACAGGGCUUUGGUUGAUGGCUCAUGCAGUGGUGUGAGGAGGCAGGCCAUGCCAUUUAAAUAUAGGCAACUUACAGACUUCAUGCUCAAGUUCCCACACAGUGCUCAUCAGAAGUAUGUCCAGGCUGCUUGGGAGAAAGAAAAGAUCAGUACAAAAUGGGAAGCCACAAGAUGGUCCAAGAAUAUUGAAACCAGAGAAAGCAAAGCUAAGAUGACAGAUUUUGACCGUUGCAAAGUCAUGAAGGCCAAGAAAAUGAGAAACCAAAUUAUCAAGCAUGAUGUAAAGAAGCUCCAGAAGGCAUCCACCCAGAAGUGGUCUCCUAAGAAGGGAGCUGCCCAGAAGGCACUGGCCGCAAAGGUCUCUUCCAAGAAAAUCCCCUCGGAGAAGGCUGAGGGUCAGAAGGCCACCCCCAGCCAGAAGGGUCAUAAGAGUCAGAAAGCCCAAGCCAAGCAGGGACCCACCCAGAAGGGACCUGCUCAGAAAACAGCUGCUCCAAUGGCCAAAAAAUAAGAGGCUGCCAGAAAUCAAAUAAAGAUUUUGGUACACCAAUAAAUAAAAAAACAAACAAACAAACGAAUGAAUGAAUGAAUAAAAGGAUUACUAUAUCAACUGGUAUAAAGGACAAAUUGGAGAGGGGAGAGUCUGGAGGCAGAGAGACUACUUAAGAGGCUGGUUAACUGAAUUCAACCAAAGAGUAUUUAUUAAGUUCUUACUAUGUGCAAGGCACUGUCAAAAUUAUCCAGAGGAGAAAUGAGGAGACCUUGCUGCAGGCUUAGCAGUGAGGAUGAGCUGGAUUCAAGAGUGACAGGUGGGGGUAGGAUGAUUGGGCUUGGCAACUGGCUGAAGGUAGGAGUUAGGGAAGGGGUUGAACAUGAUCCCCAUGUUUUGACCCAGGGUGAUUAGGAGGAAGGAGGGGCCAUCGACUGAAAAUAGGCAAGUUUAAUUCAUUGGGGAAAUGUCAAAGACUUAGAUUCAUUCUGUGUCUGCUUCUCAUGGUCAGAACCUCUUCUAUGAAUGGUGACUUCAUAGAAGUGCAUUGUGAGUAUGGAAUUUUUUUGUUUUUUUUAAAUCUCAAAAGUGUUAGAGUAUUCCAAGGAAGCCACAGAACGAGCACUGGAACACUAGCUUUUGCUUAGGUCAUUUUAGUAUUGAUUGAACCUUUACUACAUCAAGGAAUAUAAAAUUGAAGAUCCGAAAUUAUAAUUAUUCAGUGUGAUUGGUACUUUCCAACCAGGUACUUUCCUGGAUGACAGAUAAAGCUGAAAUAUGAGUAUUUGUGAGCAUAGAGAGACAGUAUAGUGUUUUGCUUAGGUCAUUUUAGUACUGAUUCAACCUUUACUACAUCAAGGACUAUAAAAUUGAAGACCUGAAAUUAUAAUUAUUCAGUGUGAUUGGUACUUUCCAGCAAGGUACUUUCCUGGAUGAUAGAGCUGAAAUUUAAGAAAUUAUUGAGCAAAGAUGACUGAAAGAGUUUUAGAGAAGCUAUCGGCCUUGGACAAACGUUCAGAGAAGGUGAUGGAUAUAUGGACACAGAAAUGUUGGAUGCAAAAUGUCAGCAGGAAGAAGAGUUUGCGUAUUCCCCUGACCUUUGACUUCCACACAGGCUUUGAAAAACCCUGUCCUAAAAGCAUUCCUUCCAAACUCAAAGAAUCUUCCCAAAAGGAACAGUCAUCGGUAGAUGGUCGAAAGGUGGACAAAAAGCUUACCAGUGGUUCAAAUGUAUGGAAGCCCAAACUUCUGACUUCUGGACUUUUGCCCAGAAAGUGUCUCUUUGGGAAGGCAAAUAUGAGACCUUAUUCUGUUCCAGGCAACCUGAAAUAUCAGCUUUUAGGAAAAGAGUGAUCGCCCAAAAGGAUGCUACUUCUCUGGGGAGAAGAGGAUCGUUCAGGUACAUCCUUCCCACCCGACGUGAUUUAGAGAAUGAGACAACACAUUUGAUCCCUCUGACUGUGCAGGAUGAGCUGAGGAAGCCAAACACCAAGGUCAUCAGCCACCAUCACCCAAAACAAGAGGCUUCUUCCCCGAUACUAAGUAGCAGUAAUCCCAUAAUUUUUCAUGAUCCGGGAUAUGUACAAAUGUUUCUUUUGACCAGAAACAGGUAUUACCUGAAAAAUAUAGACAAGCCAAUCAGUGGGAAAACAAAUCUUGUUUUGAAAAAGAACAAUGAAAUUAUAAAAACCUUAAUUAGU